AUGAUAGACUCGAAUUAUCACCAGUCCCCAUACGUGCCGGUAUACAAACGACGUUUAGAAAAGAAGGUCAGAAAGCCUACUAAAAUGGAGACAUUGAAGAAAAGUAUUAAGACGGUUAGCAAAGAAUAUUGCGCAGAGUCGUCCAUCUGCGGUCUUAAGCAUUUAGUCGACGACAAUACAUCAUAUUGCGAACGUGUGUUUUGGAUAAUAACAAUGAUUAGCGCAUUGAUAUGCUCGGUGUCGUUAGUCUGGAUGACGUUCGAUCGCUAUUACGGCGCACCGUUGGUGACUACACAAAUGCCUGAGGGAGUGUCUGUCAGUAAGAUCAUUUUCCCCGCAGUUGGAAUAUGCACUAAUAACAGAAUUAGUAAGCGAGCUAUCGUAGAUCUAGCACGGAAGUUGCUACAAGAAGAGCGAAACAAAAAUUAUAAUGAAAAACAGAUGUUAUCCUUACUCCUUGGUCUUGGCUUGUUAUAUAAUCAACUGCCGAUGAACGAGAAGCGGGUGCAACCUAUGAGACUCCAUAAAGCUUUAGGCGACUAUGACGUGAAUGAGCUUAUGCGAAAUUUAACGCCUAAAUGUGAAGAUCUUUUAAUGAGAUGUGCCUGGAAUGAAAACCCUAUGAAUUGCUCAGAUCUUUUUGAUUUUCGCCUAACAAUGAAUGGCUAUUGUUGUACAUUUAAUUACUUACGUCAGUCCGACAUUACAUUUGAAGAUAAAGACAGUGGUACUCGAAGUAUAGACAUGUAUAAAUAUGGAAAUAAAUCUAAUUUUGAUUUCGAUCAAGGCUUAAAAGUGCUAAUGAAAUUAAACGAAAGUGACGACUUUUAUUAUAAUAUGCCUUUGCAAGGCGCCCAGUUACAGUUCUCGGACGCCUACGACUUCCCCGACGCGCCUAGCGGUAGUUUUGCUAUGCAAAUUAUAAGCCCAAACGUACAAAUGUCAGUUAUGGUCACUGCAAGUUUCACCGAAGCUUCUCGAGAUAUCCAACACGUACCGGUUAAGUUUAGACGAUGCCUGUUUUACGAUGAGUCAUCUUAUCUACCAUUUUACACUCAUAGUGACUGCUUACUGAAAUGCAGAAUGCUAUUUUUGUUGGCAAAAUGCAAAUGCACUCCUUUUAACAUGCCGAAAAUGAUUAACAAAAGGACGUGUGAUAUGCGAGACGUCCCGUGCCUGAAAAUUUAUAAUGCUCAAUCAACAACGGUUCGACCUGAUGAAGAUCGAGUACCGCCAGAACUGGAGUUAGAUAUGGUGGGAGGGGGAAUAAACUGCCCAAUGUGUCAUCCUAGUUGUUCAAAAACAGCUUAUAACUAUGAUUUUACUAAUGUUAAAAUUUAUCCAGAUUACCUCAAUACUGUCCCUGACAAGGACAGGAUAGAUUGGUUGCGAGGCGCGAAUUUCACCGGAACAUCUAUUGUGCACGUGAAGUACGCGAGGGAAACUGCGGACUGUUAUGGACAGAAUGUUAUUAUGAAAUGGUUCGACUUGAUUAGUAACAUUGGAUCAACGUGCGGUUUCGUGACAGGAUUCAGUUUUGUAUCAGUCCUUGAGUUUAUCUACUUCUAUACUGUGAAGCUGUUUCGCGAGAUCAACAACCGACGACGUCAGGAGAUUCGCAUCAAGAGCGAAACGUCUACCACAGCAAACUUUGCACCAAUUAGUCGAUAUCGACCAAUUUAUUGGAAUGAACUCGGAGGCUCCACUCAAUGGAGACAAGGGACAUCUUAUGAAAAAAAUAAUAAAACAUUGCAAUCA